CUCUCCCACUGCAACUUGUCCUCUUCAAUCUGGCCACCUUCAUAAUCACCCACGAUUAAGCACUGCCUUCGACACUGGGUGUCUUCCACUCUUCUUCCUUACUGAUUUCUUUUACGAGGUUUCUCUCAACAUCAACAAACCUCAAUGUCUCUCUAACUCUUCUUCCCCCUCCAUCUCCAUAUAUAUCCCCCUCCCCUUCUUCAACUUACCACGCACAUAACCCCUCCAUUAUCCCAAUACUGCGGUCUUCCACUUCCUUCCCUCAAAUUCCUCUCGGGCGCCAUCGAGCCCAUAUCGUCAGGAACGGUUCACCAUGAUGCGUCUACGGCCAUCGCCAUUGACGCUCCUAUUAAGCUGCGUCCUUCUCUUUGCGACGCACGUCUUUGCCGUCUCGGCAGUCCUUGGUAUUGACCUGGGGACCGAAUACAUCACAGCUGCCCUCGUCAAGCCCGGCAUUCCUCUCGAGAUCGUCCUCACCAAGGACGCCCGGAGAAAAGAAGCCUCAACCGUCGCCUUCAAGCCCUCUCGAAGUGCCCAACAUGCCUCCCGCUUCCCCGAGCGGCUCUACGGCUCCGACGCCUUGUCGCUCGCCGCCCGCUUCCCCGCCGACGUGUACCCCAACCUGAAGCACCUCCUCGGUCUCCCCGUCGACCACGCCAUUGUGCAAGAGUAUACCGCCCGCCACCCGGGUCUGCAGCUCGAGACCGAUGCCGUCCGAGGAACGGCUGCUUUCAAGAGCAAGGCGUUCACCGCCGAAGAGGACGCCUGGAUGGUCGAGGAGCUCCUGGCCAUGGAACUGCAAAACAUUCGGAAGAACGCCGAGGCCGCCGCUGGCGAUGGCUUCUCGGUCCAGUCCAUCGUCCUCACCGUCCCCCCCUACUUCACCGUCGAGGAGAGGCGCGCGCUCGAACUGGCCGCCGAGCUGGCCGGCCUCAAGGUCCUCAGCCUCAUCAGCGAUGGCCUGGCCGUCGGCCUGAACUACGCCACCACCCGGUACUUCCCCAACAUCGACGACGGCCACAAGCCCGAGUACCACAUGGUCUUCGACAUGGGCGCGGGUUCCGCCAAGGCCACCGUCAUGAGGUUCCAGAGCCGCACCGUCAAGGACGUGGCCAAGCUGAACAGGACUGUCCAAGAAGUCGCCGUCCUCGGGGCUGGUUGGGAUCGCACCCUGGGCGGUGACGCCCUCAACUCCCUCAUCAUCGACGACAUGGUGUCGCAGUUUGUCGCCUCCCAGCCGGCCCAGAAGCUGUCCAUCCAAGCCGACAGCGUCAAGACCAACGGCCGGACGAUUGCCAAGCUGACCAAGGAGGCCGAGAGGCUUCGCCACAUUCUCAGCGCCAACACCAACACGCAGGGAAGCUUCGAGUCUCUUCACGAGGAUGUCGACUUCAAGUAUCAGAUCACUCGUGCCGACUUCGAAGCCAUGGCCGAGGGACAUGCCGCGCGUGUCAACUCGGUGAUCCAGGAUGCUCUCAAGAUGGCCCAGCUCGACAUUUCCGACAUGGACAGCGUCAUUCUCAACGGCGGCGCGACUCGUACGCCUUUUGUCCAGAAGCAGCUCAAGGAGAUUGACGGCGUGGCCGACAAGAUCCGCACCAACGUCAACUCGGACGAGUCGGCCGUUUUCGGUGCUGGCUUCCGCGCUGCCGAGCUGAGCCCGAGCUUCCGCGUCAAGGAGAUCCGCAUCUCCGAGGGGGCCAUGUAUCCGUCCGGUAUGAGGUGGACCACUGCCAAGGGCAAGGAGCAGCACCAGAGAGUCUGGUCCGCUGUCUCGCCUCAGGGCGCCGCCCCUAAGGAGCUCACCUUCCACCACUUGGAGGACUUCCAGGUCACGUUCUACCAGCAGGUCAGCGGCGAGGAACGCGACACCAGCCGCCUUUCCACCAAGAACCUGACCGACACCGUCGCCGCCCUCAAGGAGAAGUACGCCUGCAACGACGGCGACAUUCACUUCAAGGUCGCCGUGAAGCUCGGCACCGGAAACGGCGAGGUCGAGGUCACCAAGGCCGCGGUGGAAUGCGAAGCCGAUGUUCCCGAGAGUUUCGUGGACGGCGUCAAGAACCUUUUCGGGUUCGGGAAGAGGGACCAGAAGCCCUUGACCGACGGAGAGGACUCGGAGAAUGCAGAGGGUGCCGAGGCUCCCGCUCCCGUCGAGGCGUCCGCGUCGUCGGCCACUGAAUCUGCCACCGGCUCGGCUUCUGCUGAGGACGAAACCACCUCGUCCACCUCCUCAGGCGCCGAAGCCGAGGCGAGCCCCGCGUCGAAGAGGGAGCUCGUGAGCAUUCCCGUCAAGGUAACUGUCGAGAAGGCCACCCCGGCUCUCUCCAAGGAGGACAUCAAGAAGUCCAAGACCAGACUCCAAGCCUUCGAGGCCUCCGACAAGGUGCGCGUCCAGACCGAAGAGGCCCUCAAUCAGCUCGAGGGCUUCACCUACAAGGUCCGCGACCUCCUGGAGAACGAGUCCUUCUUGGCCGCCUGCACCAACGACGAGCGCACCACGCUCGAGCAAAAGUCCCGCGAGGCCGGCGAAUGGCUCGACGGCGACGGCGCCGACGCCCCGCGCAGCGAGCUGAAGGCGAAGUACAAGGAGCUCUACGACAUGGCCACGCGCGUGCAGAAGAGGAGCGAAGAAUCCGAAAAGCGACCCGAGCUCGUGACGGCCCUGAAGGACGCGCUGAACGAGACGGCGACCUUUGUCAAGAAGACCACCGACGAGAUCCAGGAGUACGAAGACUGGCACGCCAAGAAGAGCGCCGAGGCCUCCGCCACGGCGUCCCUGCCCCCCGGGGUCACCGGUGCUAGCCAGGCGGAGGACGAGGAACCCGUGAUCCGCAGCAUGGAGGACGUGCUCAAGGUCCGGGGCCCCGUCCCCCCGCUGUACACGCGCGAGGACGUCGGCCAGCUCGAGAAGCUGUACGACGAGACGACCAAGUGGCUCCGGGAGAUGGAGGCGAAACAGUCCGGGCUCCCCGCCACCGCGGACCCGGUCCUCCUGAUCAAGGACCUCGCGGCGAAGCGCGAGCAGCUGGACAAGGCGGGCGCGGAUCUGGUGAUGAGGGGGGUGAGGAACUACCAGAAGAAGAACAAGAAGUCGAGCUCCAGCGCGAGUGCCAAGCAGUCCAAGACCAGCUCGUCGACUUCUACGGCGACAUCGGAGAAGCCUGCGGGCGUGACGAUCAAUGUGGGUGGCGAGUCGCACUUUAUUAAGCAUGGGGAGAACGGCGAGGGGCCGAGUGAUGAGCAGCUCCAGGAGAUUAUCAAGAAGAUCCAGGAGGACCAGAACAAGCGGGAGCAGGAGGGGAAGCCGGCUCGGGAUGAGCUGUAGAUGGAGAGCGGAGCGCAGAGUGGAUGUUAAGUAGAGAAAGGUACAUACCCAACUAUAUAUAUAUAUAUAUAUAUAUAUA